AAAACUUUGUAAAAAUGAAUUUCACAAUGGAUAAGAACUAUAUGAACUAUACCAACGUAACAAUAGUACCAAUAUUGGAACUGGAAACUAUUCUACCAACUGACAGUUAUAUACCAAUAACAGACCAUUAUUUACCACCGAGUCGCUGUGGCAAUGAAAAAUGUCGUGAAUUUUUUAUGGAGUUUAUUUAUAUUUGUGUUAUACCAACCUCUGUAUUAAUCUUUUUGGCCUUUAUCUUAUCUUUAUGUUUCUGUUGCUCUCAUUCUAAAAGAUCAAAGAAGACUAUAUCUGUAGAAGAACAGCAAAGAUAUGACACAAUAAGAAGAGCAUCUAAAGCAUUAAGACGUAUGUCAUAUACUAGAGAUACACCGUUAUUAGAGUAUGAGAAAUAUGGUACUAUGACAUUAGAUAGAUCUGAUAAAUAUAGACAUGGUUUUAGAUCCAGAGAUUCCUGUUACUCAGCUCCAGGAACAUUACAGAAACAUAGAAAUCGCCAGUCAGCUUACAGUAGUCAGCAAUCAUUACCCCCACCUCCUGUCUAUAGAUUACCACCCCAAUAUUCUACUGAUGAUCCUAGAUAUAUAGAAUUACCAUACCAAUAUUCUACUGAUGAUCCCAGAUAUAUAGAAUUACCACCCCAAUAUUCUACUGAUGAUCCCAGAUAUAUAGAUGAAAAUAAUAUACCAAUGGUUGAAUUUGAAAAUGGUUUACGAGAUCAUCAGGCACCUCAUGCUGCUACCAAUAAUGGCUUCAUAUAACCAUAAUGGUAGAUCAUUUUCACCAUGAAACAAUUUUGGCUUAAAUUAUUUUUGUAUCUACUGUAUUAUGUAGGUUUAUGUUCUAAAAGCACUCAGUGAAUGUUAACAGUAAGUUCAACCCGAAUUGACUAACACUCAUUUCAUGCUGCUGAUGUGUUAAGACGUUUUAGAUACUCAAUCCUUCAUCAGGACAGAUAGUUUUGGUAUUUGUGGUGUAACUUUCCUAAAUUGAAUCGAGCAAGUCAGGUGAUUCACUGAAAAGUGACUUUUUUUGUGUAAACAGGACCCAGGCCUGGUAUUCUCAAAACGAUCUUAGCUCUGGGAUGUCCGAGAGUCUGAACUUUUAACACUGUUUUUAGGACGCCCUAGCACUAAGAGUGUUUUUAGAAACACCACAUUUUUCAUUGUCAUAAGCCAGGAGUAGCCAUAAAAUUUAUUAAUAUAAUCAUCACUCUAAAUGUUGCAAUAAGGACUCAAAGUAGUAGAAGUAAAAUCACUAGACCAUUGCUUUUUAUCAUCCAAAAAUAUAAAUAUUGUCAGUUGUUUAAAUGUUGUUUUAAAUAAAAAUAAAAAAUACACGUAAUUAAUAUUUAACUAAUUACCUACAUGAGUAAUGACAAUUUUUUUGAUAUUUUUAAAAGUUUAUUCCUUCAUGCACUGCAGUUUAAGAAAUAGGCAUAAAUUUGAAUGUUCAUAAU